AUGUCCCCGCGAGCCGGCCGUGUCCUCGCGUCACCCCGCCGCCUCCAGCCCCCCCCGCGCCUCAUUAAAGGGCCCAGCGGCUCAUUUCUGCGGAGGGAGCGCCGGGCGGCCCUUCCCUGGGGAGCCCUCUCCAUCAACGCCGGGCCCCAUAAUUUACAUUUAAUUUGUGAGCGGUUUAAGCUUCCUGCCUGGACCCAGCUUCAGCCUCUUGGCAAGCCCCAGCCGUGGAGCUCGGCCUUCCAGGCUCUGUUGCUCAAGUCGGCCAGAGAGAACGUUCUGUGA